CGAUAGAAAACGGAUCCUGCUUGUGCCUGCGGUACCUCGCUUUCAGCACCAAGGACAGUGCCUCUGAAGGGCUGACCCAAGCACCGACCAGUUUUAGGGUCCCUCCCAAAUCCUCUAGAGAAAACGCAUGAAUUUGAAAGCAGCUAUGAAGCAUGCAGUAAGGUCUAAUAGGAAAGCUGUAAGAGCAGCCCACAAGUGAUUUCACCUUAGAGGCAAAAAUGGGUGAUUUUUUUUUCUGUUCAUUUCCACAGUUUCUGUGUCCUUGGAAAGACAAAGUUUGCUUUGCUUGGGCAUGUCUGCUGUCAGUAAGUGACUGCAGGAGCUGAGGUGCUAAACUCCACAGUCUCCAGAAAUCAGAAGAAAUUUUCAGGGAAAUCCACCAGGGUCACUCUUCUCCCUCUGGGCCAUGACGCCUCUGAGCCAGCUGAGUGGAAACAUCAACUCCACCUGUGGGGCAGAGAACUCCACAGGUGCCAGCCGGGCCCGUCCACAUGCCUACUAUGCCCUCUCCUACUGCGCGCUCAUCCUGGCCAUCAUCUUCGGCAAUGGUCUGGUGUGUGUGGCCGUGCUGAAGGAACGGGCUUUGCAGACCACCACCAACUAUCUGGUGGUGAGCCUGGCCGUGGCAGACCUGCUGGUGGCCACCUUGGUGAUGCCCUGGGUGGUAUACCUGGAGGUGACAGGUGGAGUCUGGAACUUCAGCCGUAUCUGCUGCGAUGUUUUCGUCACCCUGGAUGUCAUGAUGUGUACAGCCAGCAUCCUGAACCUCUGUGCCAUCAGCAUCGACAGGUACACCGCGGUGGUCAUGCCAGUCCACUACCAACACGGCACAGGACAGAGCUCCUGCCGGCGCGUGGCCCUCAUGAUUACGGCCGUCUGGGUACUGGCCUUUGCUGUGUCUUGCCCUCUCCUCUUUGGCUUCAACACCACAGGAGACCCCACUGUGUGCUCCAUCUCCAACCCUGACUUUGUCAUCUACUCUUCAGUGGUGUCCUUCUAUGUGCCCUUUGGAGUGACCGUCCUCGUCUAUGCCAGGAUCUACGUGGUGUUGAGACAGAGGAGACGGAAACGGAUCCUCACUCGACAGAACAGUCAGUGCAUCAGUGUCAGACCCAGCUUCCCUCAACAAUCUUCCUGUCUGAGGCUGCACCCCAUUCGGCAGUUUUCAAUAAGGGACAGAUUUCCAUCAGAUGCUACGGGGCAAAUGGAACAUUCAGAAGAUAAAAGGUAUCCCCAGAAAUGUCAGGACCCUCUCUUGUCCCAACUGCAGCCACUCUCCCCUAGCCAGGCCCACAUGGAGCUGAAGCGCUACUACAGCAUCUGCCAAGAUACUGCCCUGGGGCAGCCAGGCUUCCAAGAAGCAGGAGGGGAGUUGAAAAGGGAGGGGAGGACUCGAAACUCCCUCAGCCCCACCAUGGCACCUAAGCUCAGCUUAGAGGUUCGAAAACUCAGUAAUGGCAGGUUGUCGACAUCUCUGAAGCUGGGGCCCUUGCAACCUCGUGGAGUGCCACUCCGGGAGAAGAAGGCAACGCAGAUGCUGGCCAUUGUGCUUGGGGCCUUCAUUGUCUGCUGGCUGCCCUUCUUUUUGACCCACGUUCUCAAUACGCACUGCGGAGCCUGCCACGUGUCCCCAGAGCUUUACAGCGCCACUACGUGGCUGGGCUACGUGAACAGUGCCCUCAACCCUGUGAUCUAUACCACCUUCAAUGUGGAGUUCCGCAAAGCCUUUCUCAAGAUCCUGUCUUGCUGAAGGAGAGGAGAGCAUACUCCCUGUGCCCACCCUUAGCUGCCAGGCCAUUGGGCCACUGGCCAGGACCUGCGCAGAAAGACUGUGCUAUGUUCUCUGGCAUGGUGUAGGAAGGAGACUCCUGGAGCCAGGACACCUCUGAGUGGCAGGUGUAACCAACUGCUUCUUCCCGGUCAGAAUGUUUACAUCCCAGCAAAAAUCUGACUUCAUCCUGGCAAUCUUCAAGUGGUUGGGAGGUCCCUGAGUUAUAAGUAAUAAUUCAGAAAGAAGCUGAUAAAACAUGACCCUCCACACACACAAAAUUGUCAUUAGAGGCAUGAUUCAUCACAGUGAAGGAGAAAUGAACAGAUCUCAUAAUUGUCAACUUGCCAGGGGUCCUUGAAAUCCCAGCCAGUAAACCAUCUUGCAGAAAUAGACAGUCUCUCUUCCUUCAAGCCUAUAAUUAAACUAUCAGGCUGACCUUGUACUUUUGCAGGCCCACACCCUUUUGGUCAUUCCUUUUGUUCAUUGUUUGCUGAAUUAUAAGGGCACAGCCAGUGCUUCUACCUCUCCGUAGAAUCUGGCUGCAACUGGGGAGAGAAAUUCUGAGGGAGACAUUGUCCCACAUUGGGACCUGGGCUUCCUUUCAAACCUUGCUACUCCUGUAUUAUAGCUCUUGCUAUAAAGGCCCUUUGACUCCAACCCCCUGUUCUUAGAGAUUCAAUUCCAGAGUAAUUCGGAAUGAGUAUGUCAAGUGAAAAAGGAGUGAUGGCUCCCACUGUAGUAUCACUUUAAACCAUGUGGUUCAUAACAUGCCUUCGGUAUGCUUUUCAUAACACUGUAAGGUGUUCCUAUCCAGGCAUCUUCAUCUCCUGCUUAACGGAGACCCAAUACUUUCAGGCCCUAAACCCAUUAAGUCUUAAGUGUCCACAAAGUGCCCGUCACCUCCCAGGCUCUGGAUAUAUGACAAUGAAUAAGACAGCUCCUGCCCUCAAGGGCUCAAGGAGCCCACCACCUGCUCCUGCGUUUGUUCACUUGUUAUUGCUUAUAAGAGUGGUAGAGACUCUUCUAGACUGCCAGAGGACCUCAGAACUGAAGGCACUGGGCAGAGUAGCUGUCCAAAGACCUCACAGGGACAGUCUUCAUAAAGGCCUAGUGCAGAACCUGAACAAGACCACUCCGACAACUGAAAUUAAAGGCAUUAUAGAAAUAAUGUGUCGAUGUCAUUCAAA